AUGCCCGACACGUUCUUCUCGUGGUACCUGGUGACGGAGCUGCACGUCUGGAUGAUCUGCGUCCGCCUGGGCGACGACGGCGCCGAGGGCAAGUUCUGCCGCAAUCAGCUGAUCACGGCCAUGUGGGAGGACCUGGAGACGCGCGCCAAGAAGCUGGGCCCCGUGUCGACGACGGUGCGGAGCGAGCAGCUCCAGCAGACCAACCAACACUUCCAGGCGGCGUUGCUGGGCUACGACGAGGGCCUGACCGAGGACCGUGUGCUGGCCGGCGCGCUCUGGCGGCGCCUGUUCUCGAGCUCCGGCCGGGACGCCACCGCGCUGGAGCAGACCCUGGCUUACGUGCGGCGUGAGCUGGCCCGGCUCGACCGGCUCAACCGCGACGACCUGCUGCUGCACGGCCGCAACAGCUGGGGCGCGUUCACCGCGCCGCCUGGCGGCUGA